CUUGAAUUGACUGAUCUUUCACACAUUAUACUAUACUCUAACCCAUAAAGAUCAAAAUAUAGGUCUUAAUUCUCUAAAUCUUAUACCCCAAGAUCAAUUUAAUUAGAAACAAUAAUCGACGGUUAUGAUUUGUCCAAAUAUAGGCAAAAAAAAAGUAAUGCACCAUCUUAGGGUUUAUAGUUUAUGAUUUAGAUAAUUAGGACCUAUGGUUCACUCAUUAAGGGUUAGGGUAUAGUAUCAUGCCCAAAAAUCAUGCUAAUUCGAGGUCUAGAUAGUGUUUUCAUACUCAAGGUAUGCGGUACCCCGGAUUUCAGCCGGGGUACCGUAGAAGGCACCAUAUAUAUACGGUGACGUUUUCAGUGCACUCACUUUUUUGGGUGCAUUCAAUGCACCUGCCUCAUAAUUAUCAUUCCGAGCAUGCGAUUCAUGUCAAAACGAUAUCGAUUGUCGCUUAUGAUAUUAUGAACAAGAAACACAUGAAUUUUUGCAAAAAUUAUUUUGGAUUUACUUUAAUUUUAAGGAUUUAGGAUUUAGCGAUUUAGGGUUAGGGUUUAGGUUUACAAAUUGGGAUUUUGGUUUGGGAUUCAAAAUUGAAGGUUAAUGGGUUAGGGUAAUGGAUUGAUUAGUUGUGAUUCUAUGUUAUAUCUUCAUAUUAUACUAAUGCUACCAAUUAAAGUUCAAAAUCGAUGUAUUAUGACCUCUUUUAGAGUUGUGCACCCAAAAAAGUGAGUGCACCGAAGUAGCCACCAUAUAUAUAUAUAUAUUGCAGGGAGAUUACUAUAUUGUUGCUGGUCAUAUAUACAUCUUAGAGUCAUUUGGCCGGUCACCCCAUACACAAUACAUUGUCCAACUGAAUAUUAGUGACAACUUCCCAUCAUGUCAUAUAUAUUUAAAAUUUUGCAACUUCAUAUCCAUUACUCGCGUUGUUAUCAACAAGGAUGCUCUUUACUCGGAAAAUCACUUCAAUUAACAUAUUGAAUUCUAUUAGAGACCAGUAAUUUUCUUUCAUUCUUAAGUGCAACUACGUAGGUAUUAUGAAAAGCACCUCUAAUAUUCAAUUCUAUGAUCUACUUAAAUAUUGAUUUAUAUAUAUUCAUCUUUUUAUUGAAUAAUUAUAUUUAUUUCUUAAAUCAUAUUUCUCCUCUUUUAUUAUAUUCUAAUCACAUUAUGCAUACAUAGACAUACAUGCAUUUCCGAACAUCUAUCAUAUCCAUCAUUAUAUAUAAUUAUAAAAUAUAUGCUCUUCCGGCCAAAAGGCCGGGACCCGGUGCUAGUUCUUUAACACAUGAAAGCUGGGUGCACUUUUUCACCCAAAUUUGCUACUACUGUUUCAUUCCUUGGCGAUUGGAGGGGCUUCCUCAACUGACUUCCUUCUCCAACCUCAGUACCUCACUCUUUCCAUACCUACGGACUACGGUUUCCUGCCUUCUAUUUAGGCUUGCCCUACAAUUCGCAGUUGCCGUCCAUAUCUCGCUACAGUGGACUGACUGUACCACUCUCUUGCUGCUUUCCCCCCAAAUCAGUAUUGAAAGAGUAGUCUUCCAAUCAUGUCUGUCUUCUCACCGGUCCAUUCUGCUUUUCCAUAUUUUCCGCUGUCUCCACAGCGGCCCGAACACGCCAUCGCCCAUCAAUCCAGCAGGCCACGCUUUCGUUUGCUCAAUUCCGAAAGGACUGAAAUCUUAUGCCUAACCCCACCCAGUCACUUUCCUCCUCUUCAGCUCUUUUCUUACUCUGUUCCCAUUCUCCCCCAAGAGCUUCGGCAAGACCUCUCAUCGGCUGUUGCCUCUCCUCAUGCCUCCAUGCAGCUCUUUUCAUCUUCUCUCUGCCCCCAGUGACCUUUGUUCAUAGCAUCAAAGCGGGAGACCGGACCACAACUGACAGCUUUCUGGAUCUCUGUCACUCUCUCCCUCACCGACAGUGGCAGAACCAAAGGCGGUGGACAGAACCGCUGAGCAUGCCCGUGGCAAUGAAUAUGAUGCUCGGGCCCUAGCUAUGGGGAGGAACGACGGAAACCGACCGUGGUGGUGAUGGAGCAGCAGGAAGCCGAAGCGGGAGUUGGUGGAAGCGCCGAUGUUCAAGCUGGAAGACGGAAGAAGCCCGGCGGCGGCCGAGGAGGGGAGAAAGACUAGAAAGUAAAAUAAAAAAUCCACCGAGAAGUAGCCAGUUGAUUGCCGCCAAAGAAUAGAAAUUUACCUUCUCAUUUAACUCCAAUAUUUUGUUCUCUGCUGCAAUAUGGCGGCUCUCCAAUGGGGAUUCAGUUUUUUGGUUGUUCAUCUACCCGAGGGCCGAGGUUUUGUUCAUUGAUAUUUUCCCUUUUCUAUUGAUUCCCUCCAAGAUGGAUACACAUGAGCUGGAAUUGGCGCUUAAGAAAAAACCAUUCCUCCGUAGAAAAUCCGGUUCCGAGACAAGUACAGGCCAAACUUCCACGAAAUCAACACCAACUCUCAGCCCUCAUUCGGUAAGUGAAAAUCCCACCUUUACCUUUCUCCUUUGUGUAACUACCCAUGGAUUGGAAAGGACUCCAGCGAGAGAAGAUGUUGACUGGACCAACUGAACUACACAAUCAAGACCAGAAGCUGAUUUACGAAGACAAAAAAGGGAUUUCAAGGCGUUCAUCAAUGUAACAGAAGCUUCGGUCUGCUGGGAUGAGAAGGAUUUGGAGUAUCUUCAUGUAGCAUUCCUUUAGUCAUGCUUAACUCUAUUCUCGGCAAAGAAUAUUAUGAAAAUUUUGUCAUUUAUUUACUCUCUGAGUUCCUCUUUCAGUUUGUUCGGCUUCAACUCUGAAGUGUAUUAAUCUAUCAAUAGCUUCGAUAAGCAAGUAACUAAGUAAGUUGUCCUUCUGCAGUCAUAAGUAAUAAUGCCAGUGAUCUUUGUAAACAUAGAUCAUAAUAGCAUGGAUCUUAGAAUUAGAUGAUUUCACGAAUCGAUAAUAGAUCGAGAAAACCUACCUCGAUCCAUGACGAGAGCGGCGGCGGCGCUGGAGUAGUAAUCACCGGAAUUGAGUUUCUCCCUCUUGACCCCUUUAGGUUUUAGGUUUAGAGAUUUCUGUGAUGGCUAAGAAAUUCUACGUAAUGGGUUGAGAGAGGACCAAUCCUAGAGCUUCUUUAUAUAGACCCACCAUCAGGGCAUAUUAGGAAUUUACCUUUCAUUAACCUAAUCAAUAUAGGAUUUACCUUAUAUAUUAAAUCAUUAAGUGAUAAUUACACUUGGGGCACAAUUAUUCCCUAGUUACCUACGGGAAUUGGGCUUACAUUCUCCCACUUGGUCCAUGUGUCAUUAUAUAUCACAAGAUCUAAUAAUAAACAUGAGUGUGCACAUCAUAAGAUAAAUCCAUAAUAUUUGGUUCACCAUAAAGUCAUAAUCAAGUAUGAAAGCUAGAUUAGGAUCAUGGCGGUUCUGUAUCAAUUUAUCGACAUAGUCCCUUCCAUGUACCACUAAACCAGUCUCAUGCUCAAUUUGACACAUAACAAGGUAGUCAUAAUGGUCCAACAAUACUGUCUUCACUAAAGACAAAAUCUUGUU